CAGCCAAUCACAGCCCUCAUGCUGAUGGAGACGCUUUAAACCCUCAUGAAUCGCUUCUCUGCAGGCUGACCGGAUUGUAGCCGCACACACCGGUAGAAAGGCAGCUCCAGCACCUCUGACUCACUUUUUCUACUUCUUCAACGUUGCCAACCGGACCUCCUCACCUCACCUCACCUCACACAUCCUAGGGAAUAUCUCACUUGCAUUGAAGAGAGAAGAGCUUAGCUGCUGAUUCACAUUCUGCAGGUUUUCUUUUCUUUUCUCCUAAUUCAAAUCACCAUGUCUUGCGGUGAUGCGUCGGAUCAGAGUCGGCGGUUCUGCGUGUUGUCUUGGGAUCAGGUGCAGCGUUUGGACUCGAUCCUGGGGGAGGCUGUCCCCAUCCACGGCCGAGGAAACUUCCCCACUCUGUCUGUGCAACCUCGGCAGAUCGUCCAGGUGGUGCGGGCGAGGCUGGAAGAGAGGGGUGUGUGCGUUAAAGACGUGAGGCUGAACGGAUCAGCUGCCAGCUAUGUUCUCCAUCAGGACACUGGACUGGGCUAUAAGGACCUCGACCUGAUCUUUAGGGUGUCGCUGAAGGACGAUCAGGCCUUCCGUUUGGUGAAGGACGUCGUGCUGGACUGCCUGUUCGACUUCUUGCCAGCCGGAGUCUCUAGGGAACGCAUCAGCGCACUGACCCUCAAAGAGGCCUAUGUACAGAAACUGGUGAAAGUCUGUAAUGACACGGACCGCUGGAGCCUCAUCUCGCUGUCCAACAACACGGGCAAGAAUGUGGAGCUUAAAUUUGUGGACUCUUUACGGCGGCAGUUUGAAUUCAGCGUGGACUCUUUCCAGAUUUGCCUCGACUCCCUGCUCUUAUUUGACCGCUGCUCCGAGACGCCCAUGUCCGAGAGCUUUCACCCGACUGUGAUCGGCGAGAGUGUGUAUGGGGACUUCAAGGAGGCCAUGGACCACCUGUGUCAGAGGACCAUAGCUACACGCAGCCCCGAAGAAAUCCGAGGGGGCGGCUUGUUGAAGUACUGCCACCUGCUGGUGCGAGGGUUCACGCCCUCCUCAGAGGCGGACAUGAAGCACAUGCAACGCUACAUGUGCUCGCGCUUCUUCAUUGACUUCUCUGACAUAGGAGAACAACAGAGGAAACUGGAGGCCUACCUGCAGAACCACUUUGCUGGGAUGGAGCACAAACGGUACGAGUGCCUGCUGACUCUUCACCACGUAGUGAACGAGAGCACCGUGUGUCUGAUGGGCCACGAGCGGCGCCAGACGCUCAGCCUCAUCUCAAUGCUGGCGCUGAAGGUGCUGGCUGAGCAGAACGCCAUCCCCACUGUAACGAAUGUCACGUGUUACUACCAGCCAGCUCCGUACGUGCAGGACAUCAACUUCAGUAAUUACUAUAUCGCACAUGUGCAGCCGCCACAGCUUUCGCCGUGCAGUAAUUCACAUCAGACGUGGCUGCCCUGUAGCUGAACUGGCUGUGAGAAGAGCAGAGGUGUUCUCCCUCGCUCUCUAUCUUUCAAAGGAAGUGGACUGAAAUACAAAAAAAAAAAGAAACGCAUUCAUGCCAAAUGUGACUUGACUUAAACAAUCCUGUACUGCUGUACAUCUGAUUGAGCCGACACAUACAUUUGUAUUCUCUUGCAAAACAUCUGUGAGAUUGCUGGUCAUUUCUGAGAUGUAGCGAUGAUAUCUUCUUUAAGUAUUAAAAUCUUUAUGAAGCUUUAUAUCUGUCAAAAAUACAUUUUUGAGGAAACAAACAUUGAAAGCUGGCGUUAUUUUCAUAGUCUGACUUUUUUUUUUUUUUAAAUACAUACUGGACCAAAGAUGUAUUUGUUGUUCAGAAAGGGAAUGUUGUUAAGAUUCAAAGUGCCUAAAAUGAACCAUGAAAUGUUCUAAAAAACAUCUGUAAAGUGAGAACUGUGUUUUCUAGAGUACUCUGUCUCUCUCUUUUAAGGAACAGAAGCAUUCAUUUUUGUGAAAUUAAAAAAAGGAAAAACUUAAUUUUGUUUUUUGUAUGGUGGUUCUUUUAUUUUAACCGUGGCCUACAAUGGUUGUUGACAUUUUAAUCUUCGGUUCAAAG